AUGUGGAAGUUUAUUGUUGACUUAUGUUUUAAAUUGACAAAAAAAGUAUUAAUCAUUCCUAAUUUGCACUUGGAUUUUGAACGUAGAGCCCAUAAAGCAGUGAAAGAAGUAUUUCCUGAUAUUAAUAUUGUUGGUUGUAGAUUCCAUCUAGGACAAGCAUGGUGGCGAAAGAUAAAUAGUGAAAGUGAACUUCGAAAUGCAUACAAAAAUCCUGAUGAUGACCUAGGAAAUUGGCUAAAGAUGUUUUUUGGUCUCCAAUUUCUAGACCAUGACGAAGUUGAAGAUGCAUUCGUAGAGUUAAUCGCUGUUUGUCCAAAUGAAGAAAUUGGUCACAUUUUUUCGGAUUAUGUUUUAAAUAAUUACAUAGAGCCUGGGUGUCCAUUCAAUACAAACUUGUGGGCAAUGAAACCUUCGGAAAAUCCCAGGACUACCAACUCUGCAGAAAGCUUUCACAGAACAUACAACAGUCAAUUUUACAGUUCUCAUCCAUCAAUAUAUAUAGUUAUUAAAAUUCUGAUUGAAACUCAAGCAGAAACAGUACUGAAAAUAGCUACGAUAGAACAGAAGUAUGUUGGCUUACGCUAUCCUGCUAUAACUGAUAUAUAG